UAUGCUGUUCGGACUCGCAGGAAGGUGCGCUGGGCUACAUGCUGCAACGAGGGUCUUCCUUCGGCGAAUCCACGCGACUUCUGCUGUCGCUGUCGCUGGCCGGUCGGUGGUACGCCUCCGUCGCGGGAAGCAAGAACAAGAGCUCCUACGCGGUUGGCGCCAAGUGCAAACCCUUCGAGUUCGCCAACGGCGUAAACGAACUCGACUCACGAGUAACUGCGUGCACCGAGCAGCACUACGUCGCCCACGUGACAAGAGACGAGCGGCGCGAGGUGAUGAGCACCUACGACGAGAACGCCGGCUUGGCGUUCGUGUUCGACAGCGAGCAGACGCUGUACGCCAAGGUGUGCAAGGCGCGGAACGCCCUGAAGAACGUCCGGCCCUUGGGACUAGCUGUCUUCGACGCCGAAUUCGACGACUGGUCCAAUACGUGCACGAGCUGGAACAAGUUUGGCAGCUACCCGCUCAUGCGUGCUGCACGAAAAGCAGUAAACGCCGCCGGCGUGCGCAACGCCACGCGCACGUUGGACUGCGCUCAGUUGCCAGCGUGAAUCGGCGCUCGCCAGUAAACGUAGCCUGGAAGUCCAUUGGCGUUGCCGACGACGU